CAAACUCUGAGAUCAGUUUACACGGAGUCGAUUUUCUAUUUAUAUUGCUCGAAAUUGUUUUUCAAAAUUGUAGGAGUUGUGCGCCACCAAACAAGAAUUGCACACAAGCAACAAACAUUAUUGAUUACGAAAACAACACAAAAGACAGCAGACCACAUAAAUAUAUAGCUACAUAUGGUCUAUGUGUAUUGCGAAUAUAUAUAUAGGCAUAUCUAGAUAUAUUUAUAUAYACAAGUGUAUAUAUAUAGAUAUAUACAUCAUCCAAAUCUUAUUGUGAAGGCACGGAACGCAACGAAGUAGACGAGGGUCAAGCGCGCACCACGACCAUGUUGCUUAAGGAUCAGCCGUCGUUCAAGGAAGUGGCCAAGGUGUUCAUAGUAGGCUUGGCACUGCGCUCCUAUGUGUCAAACGGCGAUGGGGAACAGCGCAGGACGUGCUUUGGGCACGAGCUCUCGCGCCGCAUCUGCAUGGCGGCCAAUCGUCACCGGGCCAACAAUCGCCAUCGCUUGCUGAAGCUCAUGUCGCCGGAACGCCUAAAGGAGUAUGAAUUGAGCAACAAGACUCGGGCACUCCAGCCACAGCCACUGCCACUGCCACAGCCACAGCCACAGGCACAGGCGCAACCACAGCCACAGGCGCAGCCACAGCGCGAUCUCAGCCAAAAGACUCGGGAAUUUGCUGCCAAUACAAAUCGGAAUACCAAGUUAUAAAUGAGACACUCGAACAUUAGGUUAAUACAAGUUUUUGCAUCGUUUCG